AACCCACCAUGGAUUGGCUUGUGAGCGCGUACGUCUGCUUGGCCUUGGUUCUGUCUUUCCUAGCAUUCAAGCUGCGGCGUAGGACUUUCCCACAGGGGCCCCGGGACCCCCCACGCCUCCCGUCGCUGCCUUUCAUCGGGAGCCUGCUGAGUCUGAGAAGCGCACAUCCUCCUCAUGUGCUCUUCCAGAAGCUCCAGGAGAAAUACGGCCAGACGUACUCGCUGAUGAUGGGCUCCCAUAGAGUCAUCAUCGUCAACCAGCACCGCCACGCCAAGGAGGUCCUGCUCAAGAAGGGACGACUUUUUGCAGGAAGAGCGAGAACAGUGACCACGGAUAUUCUGACCAGAGACGGGAAAGAUAUUGCUUUUGGAGACUACAGCGCUACCUGGAAGUUCCACAGGAAGCUGGUCCAUGGAGCUCUCGGCAUGUUUGGAGAAGGUUCUGCUUCGCUUGAGAAGAUCAUCUGCACACAGGCACAGUCUCUGUGCUCCAUCCUUGUGGACAAAGCUGAGGCAUCUCUGGACUUUUCUCCUGAGCUGACGCGUGCUGUCACCAACGUGGUGUGUUCUUUAUGUUUCAACGCCACAUACUGCCGGGGAGAUCCUGACUUUGAGGCCAUGCUUCUUUACAGCCAGGGCAUUGUGGACACCGUAGCCAAAGACAGCCUGGUGGACAUUUUCCCUUGGCUACAGAUUUUUCCCAAUUCUGACCUGCGGCUGCUGAAACAGUGCGUUUCAAUCCGAGACCAACUUCUGUGUAAGAAAUAUGAAGAACACAAGGCCAACUACAGCGAUCAUCUGCAGAGAGACCUCAUGGACGCUCUGCUGAGAGCCAAACGCAACGCCGAGAACAACAACACGGAAGUGAGCGGCGGGGGUUCGGUGGACCUCAGCGAUGACCACAUCCUGAUGACCGUGGGGGACAUCUUUGGAGCCGGUGUAGAAACCACCGUCACCGUGCUCCGAUGGGCCAUCAUCUACCUCAUCCAUCACCCCGAGGUGCAGAGACGCAUCCAGGGGGAGCUGGACAGCAAGUUAGGAGGUCAGAGCCCCCAACUCGGUGACAGAGGCAGUCUGCCGUACCUGGAGGCCACCAUCAAGGAGGUGUUGCGGAUCCGUCCGGUGGCGCCUCUGCUCAUCCCCCACGUGGCGCUCUGUGACACCAGCCUCGGGAAUUUCAAGGUGCAAAAAGGAACCCGAGUCAUCAUCAACCUGUGGUCUUUGCACCACGACCAGAAGGAAUGGCACCACCCUGAGCGCUUUGAUCCCACUCGAUUCUUGAACAGUGACGGCACGGGUCUGAUCCUCCCAACGUCCAGCUACCUGCCAUUCGGGGCCGGGGUCAGGGUGUGUCUAGGAGAGGCCUUAGCCAAGAUGGAACUCUUUCUAUUCCUGGCUUGGAUUCUGCAGCGCUUUACGCUGUCCACCCCGCCCGGUCAGCCCCUACCCCUGUUGGAGGGCAAGUUCGGCGUGGUCCUUCAGCCCGUCAAGUACAAGGUGACCGCCAUGCCCAGACAAACGUGCCAGGCUUGCUAACUUUAUGUUACAGUGGAGCCCCCGAAAGGCCCCCAAAGCCCCGAGCACGUUGUUGGCUACAACCAAAUGCUAGCAAUCGUAAAAAGUAAACGGUCCAAAUGUUGUCACCUGAAUGUUACAUCAUUUAUUACCAAAAUAUUGGAGCAUGUGAAUGGUUACAAGGAUUAAAAUCCAAAGAUGU